AUGUCGUCCAGUGAGGCUGCAGAAUAUUUUACCAACCUGACAAAAGCCACCAUUAAAUAUCGUAAGGAAAACAAUGUCCAAAGGAACGACUACUUCCAAAUGCUGUUUAUCACUCAAGGAGCAAGAAGAGAGUGGGGAAAGACAUGUCCCAUGUGGUACCCGCUCACGUUACUGAGGAAGAUGCAGUCAUUGACCAGAUGCAUUACACUCAGGAGGGAUGACCAGUCCAUAGAUACACCUGAGAAAUUGUUCUCAGAAGAAGCACUCACUUCAAACACUGUCAUCUUCCUCUCUGCUGGUUCCGAGACAGUGGCCCGUACUAUUGGCUAUACUCUGUUUGAGAUAUCCAGGCACCCAGAUAUUCAACAGAAGCUUCAACAGGAAGUGGACUCUGUUUUUGUCCAGGCACAGGGGCUGGUCAUACGACGCACUCAAGGAAAUGACGUAUCUGGACGAGGUCAGUCACAAAGGAUGAACAACCUCCUGCCCAUGCUGAUGCGAGAAUGUGUCCGACCCUACAAGGUACCUGAUUCGGACCUCAUCAUAGAGAAGGGAACGCUGAUUCUCAUUCCUGUUACUGGUCUACACAAGGACCCUCAAUACUACCCCGAGCCUUGCCAUUUUAAUCCAGACAGAUUCAAGGGUAACAACUUCAAGCCCAGCUCUACAUUCUUACCCUUUGGCGAUGGACCAAGGAUUUGCAUUGCCAUGAGAUUUGCAGUGAUGGAGGUGAAGGCUGGUGUGGCCAAAGUCAUGUCUCAAUACACAGUGGAACUCAGCGACAAAACUCAACUGCCUCUUCAGUACGAAGUUCGUUCUUGGGCCUCAGCCAAUGGGCUUAUAUCAGGAUCCCAGAAGGGCUUCAUGCCUGCUGAGGGUUGUCUCGAGCACAACUUCCUGCUUCAGGAGCUCCUUGAUGAGGCUCGGCGUCGCGGCAGUGAGCUUUGCGUGGCCUGGCCAAAGCAUUUGGAAGUGUCCCCCACUCCCCUCUCAUUGCCGCACUGCGCUCUGCCGGGCCUUACCGCCAACCAACUGCGGCUCAUUGAGGAUCUUCCAUCCGGCACAGUAGCGGGUUGA